GGAACGCUUUCCUGACCCUCGAAAGUCCCAAGAAAGCUCUCCGACAACGCAAGUGUCAAACCUCGAUAGUUUGACUGCAGUAGCUCUGUCGUCACCAGGAAUCUCCGAACGAAGCCAGUCCUUUGAUGAUAUUGAAGAUGUGGAAAGGCAAGAGCCGCUCCCUGACUCUCCACCAGAUUCCUUUGGAGAUUUGCCCCUAGCAUUUCUGGACAACAACUUGAAUCCCUAUAGUUUCUUACCAAUAUUGGCAUCUCCAAGGAUAAUCUCUCUUCCACAAUCCGUACAUCGGUCCAUGCCGAUCCGACAGGAAGAUACUCAUCUUACUAUGUGGACGACGCUGCUAGGCUCUACAUGGCACUGUCAUAUUCGGCUACUCGAUUCCAGCAACAAAGGGGCAAGAAUGCAACUGAGAGCGUGUACUAUCUCAUGAAGUCAAUCUCCGCAGUGAAGGAAGACCUAGCAAGCUCUUCGAAACAGGUCUCUGAUUCGACCAUUGCAACGGUCGCUUCUCUUGCAAAUAUUGAGAACUUAGACGGGAAUCCUCAGAGCGCCAUCUUACACCUGAAUGGGAUGAAGCAAAUGGUGGAUAUGAGAGGUGGACUUGACUCCUUGGGAAUGAGAGGUAUUUUGAAACGAGUCGUGUUAUGGGCAGACCUCUGUGGCGCCGCAAGGUUGCAAACCAAUCCUCGCUUUCCGCUCCUUGAGUUUCCCGACAUGCCUCCCAUCUCUCAAUUCCUCCAAGCAGAAAACUCAGCUUCAUCUACUCUUAUCAUCACCGACAAUCUACUCGAAGCAGCAGUAUCGCAGAGCCAAUUGAAGUGCAUCCAAAUUCUACGAGACCUGCACGAGCUCUCAAACUUCUUGAACGAUACAGGAAAUCACAGAGAAGAUCUUCCACAGGAAGUGUGCUAUCCAGAUCGAGUGUACAGCGUCGAGCAUAAUACCUUAACAGCCAUCACCCGAAUGUCCGAUGCUCGGGAUCCAAGUAACAUCUUUAGCAUUCUGCUGCAUGCCAGCUUACUUUUCAUCUACACCAACCUCCGGCAAACUCCCGUCGGCGAUCAGAUCCGGAAAUCCUUGUCUGCUCGACUACGUUCGUGUAUUCAAGGUGCAGAUGUGGCAUUCCUGCAAAUGAUGUUUCCCGCGGAGCUACUCUGGGCAUCGCUUCUAGGCAUUGUGGGAGGGAAGGAGACAAGUGAUUUUAACUGGUUUUUGAGCAGUGUUGAAAGACUUUGUAUGGGAAAUGGAAUAAUGACUUGGGAAGGCGCAACAGAGUUUUGUAUUGAAUUGCCGGUUUUGGAGACAAGUUGUAGGAAUACUUGCGAGAAGCUUUGGGCCAGGGAUGUAUCAUUCUAGACUACGAAUUUUGAUUCACAUGUAAGACUUUCUUGCUGUACUCU